UUUUAAAAAAAAAAAUUAUUGAAGAGAUGACAUGCCAGAGCUUAGUAUUAACUCGAAAAACUAACAUUUUGUUCGUAAGAAGCUUUACAAUUUUGGUACUAAUAUGGAUAGUUAUGAAGCCAGAAGUUUGUUUCUCUAGUGUCCUGUCUUCAUUGAAGGCUCUUCAUCUACAAGGCUAUAUAACUUUUGAAAACAAUGAAUUUGCAUCCCGAGAUUUUGGGAAUCAAAUUCAUUCACAUCCUUUAGCAGUAGUACAUCCGAAAUCUGUUACUGACAUUUCAGAGAUAGUAACACAUGUCUGGCAAAUGGGCCCGGCCUCAGAACUGACCGUGGCAGCAAGAGGCCACGGUCAUUCUCUUCAAGGCCAGGCCCAAGCGCGUGGAGGAGUUAUAAUCAAUAUGGAAUCAUUACGGCAGGAUCAAGAAAUGCAAGUUUACUACAGAGGAGUACAAUUCCCUUAUGUUGAUGUCUCAGCUGGUGAAUUGUGGAUAAACAUAUUGCAUGAGACAUUGAAAUAUGGAUUAGCACCAAAAUCUUGGACUGAUUAUCUACAUCUUACUGUUGGAGGUACUCUGUCUAAUGCUGGAAUCAGUGGACAGGCAUUUCGUCACGGCCCUCAAAUCAGUAAUGUCCGCCAGCUGGAAGUUGUAACAGGAAAAGGAGAAGUCCUAAUUUGUUCACAAGAACAGAAUGCUGACCUCUUUCAUGCUGUUCUUGGAGGACUUGGUCAGUUUGGCAUAAUAACUAGAGCAAGAAUCUCACUCGAAAGAGCCCCGAAAAUGGUGAAAUGGAUAAGAGUGUUGUACUCUGAUUUCUCAACAUUUGCUAGAGAUCAAGAGCGUUUGAUAUCUGCAUCGAAAACAUUUGAUUACAUAGAAGGCCUUGUGAUUAAGAACAAAACAGGUCUACUGAAUAACUGGAGAACAUCUUUUGACCCUCAAGAUCCUGUUCAAGCAAGCCACUUUGUAUCAGAUGGAAGAACACUCUAUUGCCUUGAACUAACCAAAAAUUUAUACCCCGAGAAUUUCGAUACAGUAAAUCAGGAAAUUGAGGACUUAUUAUCCCAACUAAGUUAUAUUCCAUCAACACUUUUCAUGUCAGAAGUUCCAUACAUAGAUUUUUUGGACAGAGUUCAUGCAUCAGAGCUAAUACUUCGAUCGAAAGGACUUUGGGAUCUUCCACAUCCAUGGCUAAACCUUCUAGUCCCUAAAAGCAAAAUACAACACUUUGCUAAUGAAGUUUUUGGCAACAUACUAAGUGAUACCAACAAUGGACCUGUUCUUGUCUAUCCAAUUCAUAAAUCAAAGGUGGAUAACAGGACUUCAUUUGUUUGUCCAGAUGAAGAUAUUAUCUAUCUUGUGGCCUUUUUAUCCCAUGCAAAUCCUUCAUCUAAUGGAACUGACAGUUUACAACAUGUUUUAACUCAAAACAAAAGAAUUUUAGACUUCUGUGAGGUAUCACACCUUGGAGUCAAGCAAUAUUUGCCUCAUUACACAACACAGGAACAAUGGAGGACACACUUUGGUCCAAAAUGGGAAGUUUUUGUACAGAGGAAGUCUGUUUAUGACCCUUUAGCUAUGCUUGCUCCUGGACAGAAUAUUUUCCAAAAAGCAGUAUCAGUUUCAUAACAAAUGUUGUUAUUUGAAACUGAUAGCAACGGCUAAUUCUACGUUAGGUAAAUAUGCAGCACGAUCGAAUAGAAAAUGAAUACUACUUGGUUGUAGCCAAUGUAAAAUGUGAAUAAUAGCUAUUAACUUCAUAUAUUUCUUAUGCCUUUUCUGCACAUGUAAGUUUAAGAGAAGGCUAGCUAGAUUCAGUAGCACUUCAAG